AUGAGAGUACAAGUGAAUUUAACUUUUCUUUCUAAUUUACUCUCAGCUAAAUGCAAAAUAUUAUAUUUUUUAGUUUCAGAUAAUAUUGUUCUGCCAAAAGGAACCACGUGUUACUUAUGUCCAUUAGCCACUCAUCGUGAUUCGGUUUCGUAUCCAUAUCCUAAUAGUUUUGAUCCGGAAAAUUUCAGUGCUGAAAAUAUUGCAAAACGCCAUAAAUAUAGUUUUAUAGGUUUUAGCGGUGGCCCAAGAGGUUGUAUAGGAUCUAAGUAUGCUAUGCUGUCAAUGAAAGUUCUGGUAUCUACAUUCUUGCGAAACUUCAGUGUCCACACGGAUUAUACAUUUAACGACAUCAAAUUAAAAUUAGAUUUGUUAUUGAGAAGUGUUAAUGGUUAUCCUGUAACUAUUCGAACAAGAAAUAGGAGACCAAUAAAUAAAUAAAAUUAGAAUAUGUUUAAAUGACUAAUUAUAAUACAAUUUAUUACUAUAUUAAUGUAAUUCUAUUUUUUAAACGAUACAUUUUUAGAAACUUUUUCUUCUGAACAUAUUAUGUAUUUAUAAAGUUCUUUUUUAAUUUUUGACUUUAAGACAUGUGAUAUACGACAGAUGCGAUUUUAAUUCCAUAUUAUAUUAAAUUUACUAUGUUUUUCGUAAUUUCAUAACAUAAAUUUAUUUGCCUAACCUUACUCUCUCACAUUAAAAAUACUACAAUUUUGCAAUCAAUUAGCACAACUGUUAUUGUAAUGUACUGAAUAAAUACGAAUUAUGUAUUACGGUUUA